CUUCAGGAGGUGUGCCUUUCUUCAACGGAGCCAGACUGGGUGUCAAGAGCGCCGAUAACCGGGAGUUACAGUGAGAGCUUUUCCGCUGAUUCGAAGUUAAAGUUCUGUCAGUGAGUUUAAAGGUUGGUUACGAUAACGCUUCAACCGCUUGAUCCCGAGGCCUUUCGAGAUGACUUCUCAAAUGUUGACUAUCAAACUGUUAAGGGGAGAAAACACACCGUGGGGUUUUCGUUUACAAGGAGGAAAGGAUUUUAGUUUACCACUUUCCAUUCAAAAAGUGAAUCCGGGAAGUUUGGCGGAGAAUGCUGGAUUGCAGACUGGUGAUGGCGUCCUCAAGAUCCAGGGCCAAGCCACGGAGAACAUGCGCCAUAAAGAAGCGCAAGAUAGCAUAAUCCGAGCCGGAAACUCGCUAGAGCUUUUGAUUCAGAGAGGAGGUAUGAAGAUUUGGAAACCGACAGUGACAGCAGUUGUAAAUGUCGCUGGUAGUGGUCCUAAUGUCAAACCAGUCACCAAGACAUCUCUGGCUGCAACCAAACAGGAGUCUCUCAACAUUGGAAGUAAGCACAACGUGAGCGCCAAACCUUUCAUAGCUGGACAGGACGGUCGGAUUCAAACUAUUGUCAACAAACAGUACAAUUCUCCAGCGAAUAUCUACUCCAUGACCAACAUUGCUGAGACCCUAUCGGCGCAGACCGAAGUCUUAACAACAGGUGCUAAAGGGAUUAACUUCAUGAAGGGUGACCAGCCAAUCAAUAAAGACUCCGCUGUCUACAGGAUGGUCCAUGAAGAAGACAUCCCAUCUGCUACAGGUGAAGAUGAUGAAAUGAACUUUCAUGGAAUACUCAGUCCCAAUAUUCAGUCACAAGCUUUUCGAAAGCUCCAAAUGGCUUUAGAUAGGGGAGUGGAUCCUUAUGCUACAGCUAUAAAGCACGUGGAAACUCCUAUUAUGAAACCUGCUCCCGAAAAACCCGCCGAACCUUCAACCAAUCAAAAUAUUUGUUCCGAAUGCGGUCGAUUGCUCGUUGGGGUAUUCGUGAGAGUGAAGGACAAAAAUCUGCACGCGGAGUGUUUCAAGUGUAGUACUUGCGGUAGCUCGUUGAAGAACGUAGGAUAUUUCAACAUUGGUGAGAAGUUGUAUUGUGACAUCCACGCAAAACAAGCAGCUAGGAUGAUAGCCCCCAACUUUGAGCCUGUUACCGUGACUCCGUUUGUAUCUUUUAGUGGGAGUGCUAUUCCUACAGACUAUACCGCCCUUGGAGUUGGUUCUGUUCCACCUGUUCCACCUACAAAACUUCCAAGUUCUACAGCCAGUCCUUCAAGUUACAGUAAUGUGUCUCCAGUGCCGUUCUACCGUGGCACCCCAGAGGUGCACCACGUCGACUCCCCUACAAGUUUUCGACCCAAGCCGUUGCGGUCAGUGUUCGGCCCCACAGGCAGUGCUCCUUGGGCUGAGAAGCCUGGUGUUUCUUCUGCUGUGGUCUCUAAGACUGGCCAAGCUGAAGAAACUAAUCAAUCCGAGGUCACACUACAAAUUAACCAGUCGGAAAACAUACCACAGACUAACCACGAUGCUCUCUCAAAAACUAACCAGUCUGAGGUCAGAGAACAUACUGACCAGCCUGACUUUAAACAUACCCAAACGACCCAGGAUCGUUCUGGCGCCAUUUAUUUUCUUUCAUCUGUAAUUUCAUCAAAACAAGAGCCUACUAAGGCUCCACCUCCUGCACCUGCUCCAGCAGCUCCGUUGACGACCCAGUACACUCCUCCUCCGACUACACCCGGUGGUGAUAUUCGUAGCCAGAUUUCAAGAUGCAAUAGAGGUCCUUUCAUAAUUGCUAUGGGUAAGACAUGGUGCCCUGAUCACUUUCACUGUUCUAACGCCCAAUGUCGCCGUCCCUUGCAAGAUGUGGGUUUCGUCGAAGAACAGAGCCAGAUGUACUGUGAAUCUUGCUAUGAAGCUUACCUGGCUCCAAUCUGCGCCAAAUGUGGAAAACGUAUUAAAGGGGAUUGCCUGAAUGCCCUUGACAAACAGUGGCAUCCUGAUUGUUUCAUCUGUAAUUAUUGCAAACAACAUCUGGGUAACGAUCCUUUUUACAUUGAGGAUGGGCUAGCAUAUUGUGAAAAAGAUUGGAAAGAACUUUUCACUAACAAGUGUAUAAAUUGUGGGUUUCCUAUUGAAGCUGGAGACCGCUGGGUAGAAGCCUUAAACAACAUUUACCACUCCCAGUGCUUCAAGUGUUCUGCAUGCCACAAAAACCUCGAAGGUCAAACUUUCUACACAAGCCGAGAUGGACGCCCUUAUUGCAAAGCACAUGUGCGAUAACUGAUAACGAUACCACCUAUAUGGAUGUUCAAAGCAGAAUGAAGUGUGAUUAAUUUAAAAACAAUACGUGCUGCAGAUAACGCGUUGAUUCUUUGCCAAAAUGUUUUGUUGUUGUUGUUGUUUUCUUGACAAUUUGUGUGUGUGUUCAAAUACUUUAUUGUGGUGCUACUCUUUAUAUGUAUAGGCAGUAUAGAAUAAUCAUUGAUAAUUUGUUUUUAAGACAUAAUCAAAAUAUUCUGAUAUUAUAGAAACUUGUAAGAUCAGUGGAUCGAAUAAUGGAUCUUGUUGUAUUGAUUCAAAGCACUUAAAUAUUUGUACAUAUGAUAUAUGAAAUUUUAAACUGUUCCUGUGGUGUUACAACUGUGAGAUUUUGAUUAAGAUUUUUUGAUUUUAUUUAGCAUAAAAUUUCUAAAGUAGAUUUAGAAAAAUAAACUUGAUUUGUUAUUUAAUUUCUUUAGUGAAUAUUGGUGUAUAAAAGACAACUUAAUGCUAGAAAUAAACGCCCUUAUAACACUAAAUUUAUUAAUUUCCUUUAAAUGGACAUUCAGCGUUUCGCUCUACAGCUUCUUCAUGAGCAUUCCACUAAAACACAAACCGUAAUUGACAGUACAAAAGUUCAAAUGGUUUAAAUAAUAAAUUUUAAUAGAAUCUAUAGCGCGCAUUUCCACAGUGUGUGUUUGAGAUAUACGUAGUAAAACUUAUUAUUUAAUUUCUGUAGUGCAUAUUGGUGUAUAGAAGACAUAUUAAUACUAUUAAUAAACGACCUUAUAACACCAAAAUGUAGUUUUGUUAUUAAACACUCAACGUUUCGCUUUACAGUUUCUUUAGAAACGUUCACUAAAACACAAGCCAAAACUGACACUACAAAGCUUCGUACAGUCAGUUUUGGUUUGUGUUUGAGUGAACGCUCCCGAAGAAGCUGUAAAGAGAAAUGUUGAUUGUCUAAUUAAAAAAAAACACUACAUUUUGGUGUUAUAAGG